UCAAGAGAACAGGAAACCCAAGUUGACGGGAAACUCAAGUGACAUUUGGUUUUAAUGAAUGACUUAAAACCCCAAUAUUGCUCGCCAGGAAAUGGGGAGAGGAAAUUGAGCGAUGUUUUGAGAGUAUAAAUUAGGGGCUCCAUCAAGGUGAAGGCUACAGAUCUGCUUUUUUAGCCUCCUGUGAAAUUCAGCCCGGGAGUGGACGGAGAGGCAGGCAGCUCGCUCCCCGCAGCAUGCAGCCCCGCUCAGCCCUGCUCCUGCUGCUCCUGGCCGCCGGCACCCUGCCCGACAGGUGCUCGCCCGCCGAGCCCAGCUGCCUCCACUUCUCCGAGCUCCUGCCUGCGAAGCUCAGAGAGCUGAGGAUCAAGUUUGAGGAAAUUAAGGAUUAUUUUCAAUCAAAAGAUGAUGAACUCAGCAUCCAGCUGCUCAGCUCCGAACUGCUGGAUGAGUUUAAGGGAAGCUUCGGCUGCCAGUCGGUGUCGGAGAUGAUGCGGUUCUACACCGAGGAGGUCCUGCCCAGCGCCAUGAGGACCAGCACCCACCACCAGCAGAGCAUGGGCGAACUGGGCAACCUGCUGCUGAGCCUGAAGGCGACCAUGAGGCGCUGUCACAGAUUCUUCACGUGCGAGAAGAGAAGCAAAACCAUAAAGCACAUCAAGGAGACGUUCGAUAAGAUGAACGAGAACGGAAUCUACAAGGCCAUGGGAGAGUUUGACAUUUUCAUCAACUACAUCGAGGAGUACUUGCUGAUGAAAAGGAAGAAGUGAAAACACCAAUGGGUCUGCGCCUUUCGCACAAAAUCCUGCUGGGGUUUUGGUUGGGUUUUUUUUUCAGAAAUCACUUUAGGCUGCAAAAACACAUGAGAGAUUAAGUUAUCUUAGGGUUCAAGUCAAGAAUUACGGGUCAAUCACUUCCAGUUUGGUAUUGUAUUUAAAAGUUAUUUUAACAACUGAAUUUAAUAUUUAUUACUUCCAAUACCUCAGUGUCUAUGUUUACAGUAUGUUUUGAAGA